AUGAAAUUUUCCACUCUCUUGAUUCUUGCCUUCACUUCAUAUACCCUUGCAGUUCCUUUUGACGCUCAGGAUUUGGGAGAGGGAGCCACUCAAGUCUUGAGCUAUGUCGAAAACAAGUAUCAUAUCUCCAUCGAUACUGACGACUUCAAAUGCUCAAAAACUGGAACUAAUCCUACAGGUUAUGCCACCAGUGGUCAGGCUCCAAUUUCCACCAACUCUAGUGAUGGUCCCAAAGCUACGAGUGGUUUCUCUACAAUAAAUCCAAGAACCACGCUGUCCACCUCGUUCUUGAAUGCUACCCACAUUCCAGAACCUACUGGCCAGAAGUUGUUCUCUUCAGCUGCUUCCACCACCACUACCAGUGUUGCUACUGAGUCCUCCAGCUCUCAAAGCGAGACUUCAACGAGUGUCUCGACGAGCGGCUCUCAUACUGGUAGAGGCACCUUCUACGAAGUGGGAGCUGACAAUUGUGGAACCUCUAGUACGAACUCUGACUUGGUCUGCGCCAUUUCCCACUCUCUUUAUGAGACUUCUGUCAAUGGUGAGGAUAUUUCUUCCUACUGUGGAAAGACUAUCACUGCCAAUUACAACGGCAACUCCGUGACGGUCAAGGUCGUUGACUCUUGCGAGUCAUGUGGAGACAACGAUUUGGACUUCUCUCCAGCCGCCUUUUCUAAGCUGGCAGACCAGGACUUAGGCGAAAUUGAAAUCACCUGGUCUUGGGACUGA